AUGACCACCACAUCCGCCCAACCUUCCCCCUCUCAACCUGCGCCAAACUCCCGCAAGUCCUCGGCAUCGCAACCCACUACGACCACGCCUGGUCCCACGACCGGUCCCACGCAGACCCGUCCGUCGCAUCCCCCCGUCCAGCUGGGGCCUCCCGCGGUGGUGCAUGGAGGAGUACACCCGACCAUGGAGCUGAAUGGCUCGGCCGCCGCCGGUCGCGGCCUGAUCACGAAUGGCGCCGGCCUGACCGAGAAUGGAAUCGCCUCGCACAGCGGCGACGACCUUGAGAAUGGCGCACCGCCCACCGCGGAUGGGAAUGGCUUGCGCUCCGUCGACGGGAACGGCACCGUCGCCGCCACCGCCGGUCCCGGCUCAGCACAUCCAAGACGCCCGUCACCCUUACUUCACAGAUCCAAGAGCGAGUAUGGCCCUCGCCUGACGCCGACGCAGGAAACCGAGCCGUAUCACCACGAUAUCAUUCCCGAGUGGGGAGCCAGACACGGCUUUGAGGACCAUUACCAGUCCGAACAGAUCUCUCAGCUGGCAAACAAUUGGUACAUGUACUUCACCGACAAGCGGCACGAGACGACGGGCAACCCGAAACCUGCUCAGUACGAGCUCCAAGACUGGCGCCAGAGGGACCGACUGAAGACCGUUUCGGCUGCCCUGGCCGUCUGUCUCAACAUCGGCGUCGACCCUCCCGAUCAGCUCAAGACGACGCCCGGCGCAAAGCUCGAGGCUUGGACCGACCCGACCAUCCCACCCGCCCAGAAAGCCCUCGAGAACAUCGGCAAAGCUCUGCAGGCUCAGUACGAGACCUUGGCCAUCCGGGCGCGUUAUAAGCAGUACCUGGACCCCUCGGUCGAAGAGACCAAGAAGUUCUGCACCUCCCUACGGCGCAACGCCAAGGACGAGCGAGUCUUGCUGCACUACAACGGCCAUGGCGUGCCGAAACCGACGGCCUCUGGCGAGAUUUGGGUUUUCAACAAGAACUACACCCAGUAUAUCCCGGUCUCCCUGUAUGAUCUUCAGUAUUGGCUGCAGGCCCCGACCAUCUUCGUCUGGGACUGCUCCGAGGCCGGCAACAUCCUCGGCAACUACCACCGCUUCGUCGAGAAGCACGAGGAGGAGGAAGCAAAGGCCGCCGAGGACAACCCUACGUACGACAGGAUCAACUACCGACCGUACAUCCACCUCGCUGCCUGCGCCGUCAAGGAGAACCUGCCCACCAACCCGCUACUCCCCGCCGACCUCUUCACUGCCUGCCUCACCACCCCGAUCGAGAUGGCCCUCUGGUUCUUCGUCCUCCAGAACCCCCUCAAGACCAGCAUAUCGCCCGAGCGCGCAAAGAAGCUACCGGGCCGCCUCCAGGAGAGGCGCACCCCGCUCGGCGAGCUCAACUGGAUCUUCACCGCCAUCACGGACAGCAUCGCCUGGACGUCGCUCCCGCGCGACGUCUUCCGCAAGUUCUUCCGUCAGGACCUCAUGGUCGCCGCCCUCUUCCGCAACUUCCUCCUCGCCCAGCGCGUCAUGAUCGUCUACGGCUGCCACCCGCAGUCGUACCCGGCCCUGCCCGACACCCACCAGCACCCGCUGUGGCAGACGUGGGACCUGGCCGUCGACAUGGCUCUGGCCCAGCUGCCCCUGCUCGAGCGCAAGGACGGCGAGGGUGCCGAGUACGAGUACCAGAACUCGACAUUCUUCACCGAGCAGCUCACCGCCUUCGAGGUCUACCUCACCAGAGGCGACGCCAUGGCCCAGAGCCCCCCCGACCAGCUGCCCGUCGUCCUCCAGGUACUGCUGAGCCAGCAGCACAGAGUUAGGGCUCUCAUCCUGCUCGGCAGGUUCCUGGACCUCGGUCCCUGGUCGGUGCAGCUGGCGCUCAGCAUAGGCAUCUUCCCCUACGUGCUCAAGCUGCUGCAGUCGGCCGCCGCCGAGCUGAAGCCCGUCAUGGUCUUCAUCUGGGCGCGUCUCAUCGCCGUCGACAUCUCGUGCCAGGCCGACCUGAUCAAGGACAGCGGCUACAGCUACUUUGCCGGCAUCCUCAAGCCGUCCGAGGGGCUCCCCGUCGUCAACGGCGACGAGCACAAGGCCAUGUGCGCCUUCAUCCUAGCCAUGCUGUGCAAGGACUACCGCAACGGCCAGGUCGUGUGCAACCAGACCGACAUCAUGACGUACUGCCUCGAGCACCUGGAGAACCAGGAGAACCCGCUGCUGCGCCAGUGGGCCUGCCUGUGCCUGAGCCAGCUGUGGCAGGGCCUCCCCGAGGCCAAGUGGCGCGGCAUCCGCGAGAACGCCUACGUGCGUCUGGCCUACCUGAAGAAGGAUCCGUGCAGCGAGGUGCGGGCCGCCAUGAUCCUGGCCAUGACCACCUUCCUCGGCAUCCCCGAGCUGACGGACGAGGUGGCCCGCGUCGAGGAGUCGGUCGCCUGGACCAUGCUGGGCAUGGGAAACGACGGCAGCCCAGUCGUGCGGAAGCAGUUCCUCGUCUUCCUGUCGCACUUCGUCCUGCGCUUCGAGAGCAAGUUCCUGGUCGCCGCCUACGAGCACCUGGCUGAGGAGAAGGACUACCUCUCCUUCCCGCCCCAGGACGACGGCCACGACCACAAGAGCGGGCUCCACUACGUCCGGCCCGAGAACCGCGCCAAGGACGGCUCCGUCAAGCCCACGGCCCAGGGCCUCUCGCACAACACUGUCUACAUGGCCUGCUGGAAGCACGCCCUCAUCCUCAGCGUCGACCCCCACCCGGAGGUCCAGAAGAUGGCCUCGACCGUCGUCGACUACAUGCACAACGCCCUGGCCCACUCCACCAUCGGCCCUGCGGCGGCCGCGCUCAUGGGUGAGAUUCACCGUCGCGCCCAGAAGCAGUCGAGAAGGCACGGUCACGGCCAGGGCGGCCCGCUGCACAAGACGGGACUCAUGGGCGUCGGCGUCGGCGGCGGCGGCGGCGGCGGCAGUGGCGGUGGCGGCUCCGGCACCCCUCCCAUGCCCACGUCGCCGGGCAUCAUCCGCCGCACGGCGAGCCUGCUCUUCCCGUCAUUCUACCCCGAAGACAGGCCGUCCAGGCCGGAGAGCCCGUCGACGUCGUCCUUCUCGGGCUCGGGCAUGGCGGCGCCCCGGUCACCCAGCGCCAAGGUGCCCCCGUCGCAGGCCACAGCCCCCCCGGAGCAGAACGAGCCCAAGGCCACGUCGGGCCCCUACCACGUGGCGCGCGAGCCCGUGUCGGGCGGCUACCAGGAGCGGGACCUGUCGCAGGCGCCGACGCUGCCCCUGUCGAGCGGCUUCCUGGAGUGGUCGAUCGAGUACUUCCGGGAGCCGCAGAUGAAGCCGAGCGAGGCGGACGAGCCGGGCAGCACGGAGUACAACGAGCGGCUGUGGCGGCGGGCGCGCAACGAGUCGAUCCUGAAGGAGACGCAGCCGCUCAAGCAGUACGCCGGCACGCACAAGUGGAACCAGGCGCUGGGGAUGAUGAACAACGGCGGGCAGCCGGCCAGGAUGACGUUCCACCAGUUCGAGGAUCACCUGGCGGUGUCGGAUGACGGCAACACGGUGAGCGUGUGGGACUGGAAGAAGCACACGCGCCUCAGCCGGUUCAGCAACGGCAACCCCGAGGGCUCACGGAUCAGCGACAUGAAGUUCAUCAACGAGGACGACCAGGCGAUGCUCCUCACCGGGUCGUCGGACGGCGUGAUCCGCGUAUACAGGCACUACGACGACGGCAACAGCGAGGCCGCCUCCUCCUCCGGGGGGGCCGGGAGCGGCAAGGUAGAGCUGGCGUCCGCGUGGCGGGCCCUGACGCAGAUGGUGCCCAGCAACGUCAACUCGGGCAUGGUCUUUGACUGGCAGCAGGUGUCGGGGCGGGUCCUCGUAGCCGGGGACGAGCGCGUGAUCCGGGUGUGGUACGCGGCGCACGAGACGUGCGUCGUCGACAUACCCGCGCGGUCCGGGUCGUGCGUCACGUCCCUGACGUCGGACCAGAUGACGGGCAACAUAUUCGUGGCGGGAUUCGGCGACGGGGCCGUGCGCGUCUACGACACCAGGCUGCGGCCGCAGGAGAGCAUGGUGCGCAAGUGGAAGGACGAGACGGACAGGCAGUGGGUCUCGAGCGUGCACAUGCAGCGCGGCGGCAAGAGGGAGCUGCUCAGCGCGAGCCGCAACGGCAAGGUCAAGAUAUGGGACAUCCGCGUCGACAAACCGCUCCACGCCUUUCAGGCUACGAGGGAUACGCUGCGGACGGCGAGUACGCAUGAGCACUUACCCGUGUUUGCAGUCGGAACGUCGGCCCACACGGUCAAGGUCUUCAACUUUGACGGCACCAACCUCUCCCACGUCGAACCGUACUCCAGCUUCCUCCAGCAGAACAGGGGCUCUCCCAUCUCGGCCACGGCAUUCCACCCCCACCGGCCUAUCCUCGGCUGUGCGGCUAGGGGCGACUCCCACAUCAACCUGUUUACGUGUGAGGAUACGAAUUCUCUUGGAGGGAAUUGA